AUGCUCGCAUACGCCGUACUGGCCAUCGUGCAUUACACCUUCUUCCUAUCAACACAUGCUCAUUCCGCUGCUGAACCUCGUGUUGUCGACUCAGAUGGUAUCUGUUCCCAGAUUGAGAACGCCAUUUCCUCUGCGUCAGAUGUUUAUUAUUUCGGAGAACUCUCUUAUUUCAAAGACAUUGGACACUGGGCAAGUUCGAGCUCGCAACUUUCAUUAUGUAGUGUCGAACCCGGUACAGCUCAGGACGUAGGCAUUAUUUUGGGAAUCCUGGGUACGACUCAAACUCCUUUCGCUGUCAAAGGCGGAGGGCAUACUGCCAAUCCAGGCUUUUCCUCUACAAACGGUGUUCAGAUUUCCAUGUCUCGGUUUUCCGAAGUGACUUAUGACGCUCAAUCUCAAACGGUUGUGAUUGGGACUGGGAUUACUUGGGACGACGUAUAUGCUGCACUUGCUCCUCAUAAUGUUAAUGUCGUCGGGGGUCGAGUUUCGGGUGUUGGCGUUGCUGGAUUUACUUUGGGUGGGGGGUACUCCUGGCUCUCGAACCAGUAUGGUAUGACGGUCGAUACGGUUACUGCGUUUGAGCUGGUCAAGCCAGAUGGUGCGGUCGUCACCGUCACCGAGUCUUCGGAUGCAGAUUUAUUCUUUGCGUUGAGGGGAGGAAUGAACAACUUUGGCAUUGUCACUCGUUUCACCUUGAAGACGUUCCCUCAAGGCCAAGUUUGGGGUGGUUUGAUAACCUACGUCGCUCACCACGUCGACGACGUUACGAAAGCAGCAGCAACCUUCUCCGCAACAGUGACGGAUCCUAAAGCUAGUAUCAUCACUACAUACAAUUUCGUGCUUGGCUCUAUCGGUAUAUCACAACUAUUAUUUUAUGAUGGACCGACGGUACCAGACGGAAUUUUCGAUGACUUUCUGGCCAUUCCACAUUUUACCAAGAAUGUAAAGACGAGAGAUUUCUUGGAUCUCGUUAAGACGCCGCCCUCGGAUAUUACUAUAGGGCAAAGGGGAAUCUUCCAUACCGUACCGUUACUCGAAAUAACGCCAGCCAUUCUGGAAGCGGUUGUUAAUGAAACUAUGUUCUGGGGAAGUCGACUAUCGCUCCUUUCAGGCAACUUCAUAUCAUACCAAGUGGAACCAUUCCUCCCGGGCGUUCUCUCACAUGCCUCCUCUCCCUCUGCUUACCCUCCAUCAAGAUCUGUCAUGUACCUCCCCUUCAAUGUCUAUUAUGCUUGGACAUUUUCGUUUUCUGAUUCCAAGUUCCACGAUACUAUUAGGGCGAGUGUUCAACAUUUAACGAACGUCGCGGUCGCAGAGGGACAGAGUGGUGUAGAAACUGCGUCUCCUUACCCCAAUUACGCGAUGUACGAUACGCCUGUGACCCGGAUUUAUGGGGAGAAUCUGGGUAGAUUGCAAUCCGUCAAAGCAAGGGUGGAUCCGUCGAAUAUCAUGAGGUUGACUGGUGGAUUUAAAGUAUAG